AUGCGGUCCCCGGAGAUGUCAUAUAGUCCCGCCUACUAUCACGAUCAAGGACCAAACCCUCGCAGCUCGAUUGUUACCCCACCUCCGGCUACCCGUCAUUCCCAAGAACAGUCCUCCGUAUUGGGUCACCCUGUAGGCGAAUCUCGAACCUCCUCUCCUAUACCAAGCCGCGAUGCCAGUCCCCGCACCUCCGGAUCACGGCAACACCGUGUGUACCAUACUCAGACACUGGGAGGAACUGCCUGGCCCGGCUCAGAUGCUCGGGAUGGCGGCUCGACAUUAAGUGGUGCACACAAGGAAGAGCGGGCGACAAGCAGCUGGGCAGACCAGCCGUCAGUAAUGUCGGGGGAACUUUCCAACCCGAGCAUAACCCGUGUCCGAAAACGACCCAUUUCGAAUGUUGAGAUAAUCACCAAUGAGGGCCAGGAUGCUCUUCUAAUGCUGUUCCGUCUCACUAUCAUCCCAUUCUACUCACUCGGCGCUACUCUAUACACUAUAUUCGCCCUCCUCUUCGCACUCUUUGUUUCACCUUUCCGCCUCUGCUCAUUUUCUCCAUACCUCUGCGCAACGACGUUCGCAUCACAACUUUGCGAUCUCCUUUCUCCUAUCCUCCACAUCCACGAACGGCUCGUUUGCUUGCAGCCACCAUCAGUGGAAGACCGAUCGUCAUCGACCCAAUCGACCCAAUGGAUCCGCUCAGAGCCAGAUUCAGACCAGCCGUCAGUGCUAUCCGAGCCGAGCGAGGUCUAUGCCGUGACUAGUUCAAUCUUCGUACUGCUCUUAUCCCCGUUACUCAGCAUUGUGAUCCUCCUCUUCGCAUGGACAGCCGCAUUUUUCUGGGUCUUCUCCAUGGUCCUAGGUAACCCGGACGGCACCGAGCGAAAGGACGACGGCCGCACCGCCGUUCUCGGAGUUUGCAAAUGGUGGCGGUCAUGGCUCUGCAGAGCCCGGAAGUCAUAA